AAGCUUAGACCCACGAUUGAAAAUAUCCCAAUUCAGCUCUCAAUAGCGGCCACCAAUUCUCCAUUCUAUCUUGUAUACUUCUCUUUUGCCCUGCAUUAUUUAUAUGUGGUGAUACUAGCUAGUGUCGUGUGCGAACAACAUCCUGUCUAUUGAACUGGAUACCGAGUUAUCAAAAGAAGUGUGUGGACGGGAUUCGGAUAUUACUCAAAAUUCAAGAUGUUGGAGGGAAAAGCAGUGGUGCGCGAGACAGACAUGCCGGAGGCAUUGCAGAGCCAUGGCAUGGAGUUAGCUUACCAGGCUCUUGAUCUUCAUGAAGUCUCUGACUGUCAAUCCAUUGCUCAUUUCAUUAAACAGAAAUUUGAUGAAGAUUAUGGACCAGCAUGGCAUUGUGUAGUUGGGAGAGACUUCGGAUCUUGCAUUACUCAUUUACGUGGAAGUUUCAUGUUCUUCGGAGUGGGGAUGAUGGAGUUCCUUAUUUUCAAAGAUGGCAAGGAGUUGAGUGAAAGCAAGGAUGAAGCCAUAGGAGUUCAACAGAAAGCUGAACAAGUUGAUUUUUAGGAAACCACUCCUUUGUUAUCGUAUCGCGUGCUGUUCCGUAGCUAAGGGCGAAGCCGGAAAUGUAAUCCCUAGGAAAUAUAGUUCAACCAUUCAUAUCUAGUGUAGACAGUCGCAUAUGUCGUUGGGUAAGCUUUAGUUGCCUCUCUGGGAUUGAUUACAAAGUUAUUUAUGUGUGUCGGGUGCAUGCCCUUUGUUGUUUAAGUAUACUAAAUCUCUGUAAUUUGAUCCUUGGAUCCUCUUUCAAUAUCAAUGACAUCGAUCCUUAUUUCAAAAAAAAAAAAAAUUUACUUUGUCAAA